AUGAACCAGACUCUGAAUGACAGCCAGACGCCCCCGCUCGCCCCCAGCAGCCACCAGACGCAGGGGCGGGGCGUGGCCUACUGGGUGCUGAGCGCCCUGACCCUGCUCGCCUGCGUGUGCGGCGUGGCGGGCAACGGCCUGGUGGUGCGGCUGCUGAGCUGCCGCGUGCGGAGGACGCCCUGCACCGUGUACGUGCUGCACCUGGCGCUGGCCGACCUCCUCUUCCUGCUCUGCAUGGCCUCCCUGCUCAGCCUGGAGGCCAGCCGCGUCGUCGCGCCCCCCCUGGCCCACGAGGUGCUGCGCAGGGUGAAGUACUUCGCCUACACGGCCGGCCUGAGCCUGCUGACGGCCAUCAGCACGCUGCGCUGCGUCUCCGUCCUGCACCCGGUCUGGCACCGGCGGCACCAGUCCCCGCGCCUGUCCUCCCGGGUGUGCGCCGCGCUCUGGGCGCUGUCCCUGGUGAUGAACACGCUGGCCGCCCUCUUCUGCGGCAGGUACUGGAGCUCGGACGAGAAUCAGUGCUUCGCGGUGGACGCGGUGCUCAGCGUCCUCAUCCUGGGCAUCUUCACCCCCCUGAUGACCGUGUCCAGCGCCACGCUGUGCGUGCAGGUGCGGAGGACCUCCCGGCGGUGGCGGCGGCGGCCCACGCGGCUCUACGUGGUCAUCCUGGCCUCCGUGCUGGUGUUCCUCGUCUGCGCCCUGCCCCUGGGCCUCUACUGGUUCCUCCUCUACUGGCUGCACCUGCGGCCCCAGGUGGUGCUCCUGUACAGCGGCCUGUCGCGCCUGUCCUCCGCCGUGAGCAGCGGCGCCAACCCCGUCAUCUACUUCCUGGUGGGCAGCCGCCCGGCGGGCCCUCGGGAGCCCCUGGAGGCCGUGCUGCGGAGGGCGCUGGAGGAGGCCCCGGAGCUGGAGGGGAGGGAGACCCCCUCUGUCUACACCAACGAGGAGGGGGUCUGA